AUGCUUCAGAUAAUUCUAUUCGUUAUAUUGAUUGUUUCGGGGAUUGUUUCAUGGCUAAGCGGAACAUUUCCCGGGAGUCGAGGACGUGGUUUACCUCCGGGCCCACCGUGUGUGCCCAUAUUGGGAAAUGCCCUGCAAGUGCCAAAGACAGGGAUUCAUCUUAAGUUCACCGAAUGGGCCAAAAAAUACGGGCCCAUUUUCUCUCUCAAGAUUGGGUCGUCCACCACGGUCGUCAUCAACUCUCCCUACCUCGUCAAGCAGAUUCUGGACAAACAAUCCGUAAAAUACAGUGAUCGCCCCAACAUAUACAUUGCCAAUGAGCUCAUUUUCCGUGGUGAUCAUCUCAUGUUUCUGAAUGCAGGGGAGACCUGGCGUCGCGGUCGGCGACUCUAUCAUCAACAAUUAAACGAGAUCAUGUGUGAGAAACAACAUGUUGCUCUCCAAGACGCAGAGGCAAAACAAAUGCUUCAUGAUUUUUGCCUCAACCCAGACGGAGUCAUGGAUCAUCCUAAGAGAUAUAGUAACAGUAUAAUCAUGAGCAUCGUACUCGGAAUCCGGACUCCAACAUGCGGGACGCCACACAUGAACGGGCUGUACCGUUUUAUGGAAGGGCUGUCCGAGAUAUUGGAGAUUGGUGCCACGCCUCCUGUGGACGUAUUCUCUAUUUUCAAAUACCUUCCCGAGGCGUGGUUUCAAAACUGGAAAUCUAGAUCACGAGCAGUCGGAGAUAUCCUUACAAACCUCUACGAGCCCUUGGUGCGACUUGUGGUUUAUCGACGACAGAAAGGCGACAGUAAAGGGUCCUUCCUGGACAAUUUGCUCGACAAGCAGAGCAAGCUUGGUCUUUCAGAGCGAGAUAUUCUUCUAAUGGUGGGUAACCUGGUUGAGGGUGGAUCGGACACUACGGCCAGCAUGCUCCUAGUGUUUAUUCAGGCUAUGGUCAAAUAUCCACACAUUCAGAAACAAGUACAGGCCCAGAUCGAUGAGACAAUUGGUGAAUCUCGGUCUCCUACUUGGGAGGACUUUGCUAGCUUACCUCUGGUGAAUAUGGUUGUCAAGGAAUGCUUGCGUUGGCGUCCAGUAGCACCCACCGCAUUCCCUCACGCUGCGAAAGAGGAUGGCGAAAUUGACGGGCUGCUAAUCCCCAAAGGAUCCACCGUUAUUUUGAAUGCAUGGGGUCUCCAUAAUGAUCCCGACCGCUAUCCUGAUCCGGAUACUUUCAAUCCUUGGCGGUAUAAGAAUCAUACCUCGUUGGCACCUACAUAUGCAGCUAGUUCUGAUUACGAGAACCGUGAUCAUUAUGCUUACGGUGCCGGGCGAAGAAUCUGCCCUGGUAUCCAUCUAGCGGAGCGUGGAAUGUUCAUCGCUUUCGCUAAGAUGCUAUGGGCAUUUGAAAUGUCGGAGCCAGUCGAUCCACAGACCGGCUUAUCAACACCUGUCGAUGUUGAUGCGGAGACAGGGUACAUGGAAGGCUUUUUAAGCUGUCCCAAAGACUUCAAGGUGACUAUUCGAGUGCGGUCCGAAAGCCGUCGAGAGACUAUUCUUCGAGAAUUUGCGACAGCUGAGAAAGAUGUGUUCAGCCAAUACGAGUGCCUUUGA